UAUUGAACAUUUUCCAUAUCGUCAACUAAGUAAUUAUGCAGUUCAUCACCGUGUCCACUGUCCUCGCGGCCGUCGCCGUCUCGUCGCUCGCCGCCCCUGCCCCCUUCUUCUUCGGGAACGGCAACGGCAACGGCCAGGGCGACCGCCACGGCCACCACGGUCAUCACCAUGACGGGCAGUCGUCGGACAGCGCGUCCGCGACGUUCAGCACCGACGAUGCGUCGAGCAUGUUCAGCGCGACCGAGACGUUCAGCUCCGUGAUCCCCACGUUCACGGACUCGGCGUCGUUCACGGACUCGGCGUCGUUCACGGAUUCGGCGUCGGCGGAGCCCACUGGCACGGACGACGGGUCGAACAACUUCUUGUUCGGCCUUUUCGGCGGCCAUGGCCACAAGCACGGCCACCACCACUCGUCGUCGGACGAUGAGUCGUCGACGUUCGAGGCGUCUUCCACCGACAGCUCUUUCGAGCCGUCGUUCACGGACAGCUUCACCGACAGUUUCACUGACAGCUUCACCGACACGUUCGUGCCCUCGGUCACGGAUAGCUUCAGCGCGUCCGCCACCGACAGCUUCAGCUUCGACGAGUCGAGCACCUUCAGCGCCCAGGACCCGUCGAGCACCUUCGACGCGUUCUCCUCCCUCCCCACCAGCGACUUCAGCACCUUCACCGACUCUGCCUCCGCCGAGCCGACCGCCGGGAUCGCUGGCCGCAACCUGGGUAGCCUCCUCCCGGAAAUCUUCAGCGCGGCGGAAAGUAUCCGCAGCAACUUCCCCGAGUUCGUCAGCUCGCUCGAGGCGGGGAAGGCGUCGUACUUUAGCCAGUACGAGGCUUCGUUGAGCGCGGCCGCUGCCUCUGCCACUGUUACCUCGGACGCCGCGUUCCCCACCGAGUCGUUCGACGGGAACUUCGCUGCCAGCGUGAGCGCGAGCGUCGUCCUCCCCAGCCUCAGCGGCGACCUUCCCAGCUUCAGCGGUCUUAGCGGAGUCUUUCCGUCCGCUAGCGGCACCGACAGCGAGGUUCCCGUUCCCACCGCCACGUCCGUCGGCGGUGAGGACGGCAGUUGCCUUUCGCAGUGCGCGCCGCAGCAGGACGGCGAGGACUUUGCGAGCUGUGUCGAGAGCUGCAUUCAGCGCAACUAGAGUUCAAGGACGCCGAGGUGUUUAGAGAGCAACGUUUACACAAAGUACUUACACUUAGAUCACGAACGAGUAAUGCGCAGAGUAGUGACAAAUAAAUGUACAAUUAGAAUACGACGCGGACAAGUUAGCUUCUUUACCCGGACUUUACCUCGUUUUCUGCGUAGGCAAUGCUUCGAAAAAUUCAUCCAAUGAGCGUGA